AAAAAACUUUAAAUCUAUAUGAGUACUAGGGUAGAUCUCAUAUAUAUGAUCAAAUUGACUUAAAUAACAGAGAGAUUCGAAGAUAUGGUGAAUUACAUCAAAUAAAUAGUUCAUAAUGGAUAAGAGUUGUCAAGCGAAGAGCGAAACCUUUUUUCUGUGGCUUACAAAAAUAUUAUUAGUAGAAGAAGAACAGCCUUGAGCGUCUUGUCCAGCAUUGAAAGGAUAGAGGAAGCAAAAGUAAAAAAAAUAAAUUUAAAUUUUAGGUUCAAUCCCAAUAUGUCUCACAAAAUAAUCUUAAGUUGAUCAGAAGCUACAAGAAGAAGAUUGAAGAAGAAUUGAAUCAAUAUUGCUUUGAUAUCCUCAAUUAGAUCGACUGCCAUUUGAUCAAAACAGCUUCAACUCCUGAAUCUAAAGUGCUCUUACACAAGAUGAAAGGAGACUAUCACAGAUAUAUUUGGGAAUAUGCUUCUGUAGAUUAACGCAAAAAUGAUAUUGAUAGUGCCCUUGCCGCUUACUCAACUGCUUCAAAUGUUUCUAAUUCAGAAUUAAAAACCACAAAUCCAAUUAGAUUAGGACUUGCUUUGAAUUUCUCAGCUUUCUAUUAUGAUGUCAUGAAUGAUGCUGUUUAGGCAUACUAAUUAGCUUAAUUAGUAUAGAAUCUUAUUUAUCAAUUAUAAGCUUUUGAUGAUGCUAUUACCGAUUUUGAAUAAAUUGAAGAUGAGGAAGGCAGAGAUGCAACCUCCAUUAUGCAAUUAAUUAGAGAUAACUUAAAAUUAUGGGCCCAAGAACUUGAUGAUGAAGGAGGUAGAGUUGAAAGCCUUUGAGAAUAUAUUUAAAAGCUUUUUUUAUUUAUUUCAUAAAGGUUAAUUUAUUUAAUUGAGAGCAUUUUAUACGAAGCUCCAAUGA